AUGGAGUUUAAUUUGUGGAAAGUUCUAGUGCCUAAUGCUACAGGCUCUCUCUCCCAGCCUGAUGUGUGUGGUCAGGCUCCCCUCAACAACAGGAUUGUGGGUGGUGAAGAUGCGGUUCAUGGGUCCUGGCCUUGGCAGGUCAGACUUCAAAUUAAAAACUUUAUUUGUGGCGGCAGCCUGAUCAAUGAGAACUGGGUCUUAUCGGCUGCUCACUGUUUCAGAAGUCCAGCUUGUUCUGGCCAGCUACAAGCUACAGAAACAGGCCAAGCUGGUCAACAGGACAAGUAUGAUCAGCUCGCUCAAAAACUGCAGGAGGUGCAGAUGCCGGUUGUCAAUAAUAGUGACUGUGCAGACAUAUAUGCACCUCUUCGUAUCACAGACAAGAUGAUAUGUGCUGGCUUUACUGAGGGAGGAAAAGACUCAUACAAGGGUGACUCUGGGGGUCCAAUGGUGGUCAGACUGAAUAAAUCCUGGACUCAGUUUGGGAUCGUGAGUUUUGGCUGUGCUUUACCUAAUUACCCUGGUGUGUACACCAGAGUGUCUCGUUACCAAGACUGGAUUUAUAGGACAAUCAGCAAUGGUCAACUUGGAUUUGUGACAUUCUUAUUCAGCUGUCAUGUUUCCCCCAUCUUCUUCUGUCUGUUUUUUUUUUUUAUUUCUCCAUCAUCCCCUUCCUCUUCUCCAUCUCUAACUUCUAGGUAUGGAAUCCAAAUAAAGCACACAUGCUCAUACAAAAUGAUUAAGGGACAAUUUACUGAGCAGAUCAGAAUACAUCAUGAACGCUUUGUCUAAACUGCAGUAAGAAUGAUUGCUAGAUAAUUGCUAGCCGUAUAAUCCCCAGAGUGUUGCUCCAUUCUGAUUCUCUCUUUGUCCCCUGAUGUUACUUUUCUCAGCCAUGCGUCUGGAACGAUCCAUGUAAUCUCAUGGAAGCAUCUUUCACUGUAAUAUGAAUUCAUAAUUUAAAGUUUUCUGUGUAAAACAACCAAGGUCAUUGUCUCUAGUUAGUACUGGUAUUCCCCUCUACCUCUGCUAUAUAUAAAUAGCUGUAUAUGAAUCUACCCAGCAGCACCAGUUUAAUUCCAUCAGGUUUGCCUAAUUGCACGCUACACUGUAAAAAAU